GGGGCCGCAAGCGUCGGGCAUGACGCGCUGAGCCGCGCUCGCCCGUGCCCGCAGCUCAGCGUGCGCCCCGCGCGGGUGCCUGUGCCGCCGCCCUCCAGCCCCGCCGGCAGCCGCCCCCGCUUCGCCCCGCACCAUGAUUGCCGCCGCUUUCCUCGUCUUGCUGAGACCCUACAGCAUCCAAUGUGCCCUUUUCCUCUUGUUGCUUCUGCUAGGCACCAUCGCCACCAUCAUCUUCUUCUGCUGCUGGCACCGCAGGCUCCAGAAGGGGAGGCAUCCGAUGAAAUCGGUCUUUUCGGGUCGUUCAAGGAGCCGAGAUGCUGUUUUGAGAUCUCACCACUUUCGUUCCGAGGGAUUCCGAGCCAGCCCUCGGCACCUUAGGAGACGGGCCGCAGCGGCUGCAGCUGCCCGGCUGGAAGAAGCCAAGCCUGCCGUAGAGGUUCACCACCAGAGCGAGCAGGAGAUCUCAGUGAGGAAACGAAGAAUCAAGAAAAGCAGCCGCGUCCAGCCAGAAUUCUACCACUCCGUCCAAGGCGCUUCCACCAGGAGACCUAGUUCCGGGAACGCGUCCUACCGCUGCUCGAUGUCUUCCUCUGCGGAUUUUUCCGAUGAAGAUGAUUUCAGCCAGAAAUCUGGCUCUGCAUCUCCAGCUCCUGGAGAUACCUUACCCUGGAAUUUGCCUAAACAUGAGAGAUCGAAAAGAAAGAUCCACGGGGGCUCGGUGCUGGACCCCGCGGAGAGGGCAGUGCUUAGGAUAGCAGAUGAACGGGACAAAGUUCAGAAGAAAACAUUCACAAAAUGGAUAAAUCAGCAUCUCAUGAAGGUUCGAAAACACGUGAAUGAUCUCUAUGAAGACUUGAGGGACGGACACAAUUUGAUCUCUCUUUUAGAGGUUCUUUCAGGAGACACCUUGCCCAGAGAGAAAGGUCGGAUGCGUUUUCACAGACUACAGAAUGUACAAAUUGCACUUGACUAUUUGAAAAGACGCCAGGUGAAAUUAGUGAACAUUAGAAAUGAUGACAUAACAGAUGGAAAUCCCAAAUUGACUUUGGGAUUAAUAUGGACAAUAAUUUUGCACUUUCAGAUAUCUGAUAUCCAUGUUACUGGUGAGUCAGAAGACAUGUCUGCAAAAGAGAGAUUGUUACUGUGGACACAGCAGGCCACCGAGGGUUAUGUGGGGAUUCGGUGUGAAAAUUUCACCACCUGCUGGAGAGACGGAAAACUAUUUAAUGCCAUCAUUCAUAAAUACAGGCCGGACCUGAUAGACAUGAAUACUGUUGCUGUUCAAAGCAACCUUGCAAAUUUAGAGCACGCUUUCUAUGUAGCAGAAAAAAUCGGUGUUAUAAGACUUCUGGAUCCUGAAGAUGUUGAUGUCUCCUCACCUGAUGAAAAAUCAGUAAUAACUUAUGUAUCAUCUCUCUAUGACGCAUUUCCCAAAGUCCCUGAGGGUGGUGAAGGCAUUGGUGCAAACGAUGUUGAAGUCAAAUGGAUUGAAUACCAGAAUAUGGUCAACUACCUCGUCCAGUGGAUCAGACACCAUGUGACCACUAUGUCCGAGAGAACAUUUCCUAAUAAUCCUGUAGAACUCAAGGCACUUUAUAAUCAGUAUUUACAGUUUAAAGAAACAGAAAUUCCACCAAAGGAGACAGAAAAAUCAAAAAUUAAACGCCUGUAUAAAUUAUUAGAGAUUUGGAUAGAAUUUGGACGCAUCAAACUCCUUCAGGGUUAUCAUCCCAAUGACAUAGAAAAGGAGUGGGGAAAGCUCAUCAUUGCCAUGCUCGAGAGGGAGAAGGCUCUUCGUCCCGAAGUGGAAAGAUUGGACAUGUUGCAGCAGAUUGCCAGCCGAGUUCAGAGGGGCAGUGUCAUUUGUGAAGACAAACUGAUGCUUGCCCGAAACGCUCUCCAGUCUGAUUCUAAAAGAUUAGAAUCCGGAGUGCAGUUUCAGAAUGAAGCAGAAAUUGCCGGGUAUGUCCUUGAAUGUGAGAACCUUUUACGCCAGCAUGUAAUUGAUGUACAGAUUCUUAUUGAUGGAAAAUACUACCAGGCAGACCAGUUGGUACAGAGGGUUGCAAAAGUGCGCGAUGACAUCCUGGCCUUAAGGAAUGAAUGUUCCUCAGUGUACAGCAAAGGCCGUGUGCUGACAGCGGAGCAGACGAAGCUCAUGAUAUCAGGAAUCACUCAGAGUUUAAACUCAGGGUUUGCACAGACCUUAAACGCCAGUCUGAACUCAGGGCUGACCCAGGGUCUAACGCCUUCCCUGACCCCGUCCAGCGUGACCUCAGGCCUGUCGUCAGGGCUGACUUCCCGCCUGACCCCAUCUGUCACUCCUGCAUAUACACCUGGCUUCCCAUCAGGAUUAGCUCCAAAUUUCAGCUCAGGAGUGGAGACAAAUUCCCUGCAAACUCUGAAGCUGAUGCAGAUCCGAAAGCCCCUUCUCAAGUCGUCUCUACUGGAUCAGAAUUUAACAGAAGAGGAAAUCAACAUGAAAUUUGUUCAGGAUCUUUUGAAUUGGGUUGAUGAGAUACAGGUGCAGCUGGACCGCACUGAAUGGGGAUCAGAUUUGCCAAGUGUUGAAAGCCAUUUAGAAAAUCAUAAAAAUGUUCACCAAGCUAUUGAAGAAUUUGAAUCUAGCCUCAAAGAAGCUAAGAUCAGUGAGAUCCAGAUGACGGCACCUCUUAAACUAACUUAUGCAGAAAAGUUGCACAGAUUAGAAAAUCAGUAUGCAAAACUCUUGAACACAUCCAGGAAUCAGGAACGGCACCUUGAUACACUCCACAAUUUUGUAACUCGUGCAACUAAUGAGCUUAUUUGGUUGAAUGAAAAAGAAGAGGAGGAAGUUGCUUAUGACUGGAGUGAAAGAAAUACCAACAUAGCCCGGAAAAAAGAUUACCACGCUGAAUUAAUGAGAGAACUUGAUCAAAAGGAAGAAAAUAUUAAAUCAGUUCAGGAGAUAGCAGAGCAGCUGCUUCUGGAAAAUCACCCAGCCCGAUUAACCAUUGAGGCCUACCGAGCGGCGAUGCAGACGCAGUGGAGCUGGAUCCUGCAGCUCUGCCAGUGUGUAGAGAAGCACAUAAAGGAGAACAGCGCUUAUUUCGAGUUUUUCAAUGAUGCCAAAGAAGCCACGGAUUACUUGAGGAAUCUAAAAGACGCCAUUCAGCGGAAGUACAGCUGUGACAGGUCCAGCAGCAUUCACAAGCUGGAGGACCUUGUUCAGGAAUCAAUGGAAGAGAAAGAAGAGCUUUUGCAGUAUAAAAGCACAGUCGCAAGCCUGAUGGGGAGAGCAAAAACAAUCAUUCAGCUGAAGCCAAGAAAUCCUGACUGUCCACUCAAAACUUCUAUUCCGAUCAAAGCCAUCUGUGACUACAGACAAAUUGAGAUAACCAUCUUCAAAGAUGAUGAAUGUAUUUUGGCGAACAACUCUCAUCGUGCUAAGUGGAAGGUCAUCAGCCCCACCGGGAACGAAGCCAUGGUCCCGUCUGUGUGCUUCAGUGUCCCUCCUCCAAAUAAAGAGGCGGUCGACUUUGCAAACAGAAUCGAGCAGCAGUAUCAGAACGUCCUGACCCUUUGGCAUGAGUCUCACAUAAACAUGAAGAGUGUGGUCUCCUGGCACUAUCUCAUCAAUGAAAUUGACAGAAUCCGAGCUAGCAAUGUGGCUUCAAUAAAGACAAUGUUACCUGGUGAACAUCAGCAAGUCCUGAGUAAUCUACAGUCUCGUUUUGAAGAUUUUCUCGAAGAUAGCCAGGAAUCCCAAAUAUUUUCAGGUUCAGAUAUAACACAACUGGAAAAGGAGGUUAAUGUGUGUAAGCAGUAUUAUCAAGAACUUCUUAAAUCUGCAGAAAGAGAGGAGCAAGAGGAAUCAGCUUAUAAUCUCUACAUCUCUGAAGUCCGAAACCUCAGGCUUCGGCUUGAGAGCUGUGAAGACCGUCUAAUCAGACAGAUCCGCACCCCCCUGGAGAGAGACGACCUUCACGAAAGCGUGUUCAGAAUCUCAGAGCAGGAGAAACUAAAGAAAGAGCUGGAGCGACUUAAAGGCGAUUUGGCCACAAUCACGAGUAAAUGCGACGACUUUUUCAGUCAAGCAGCCGCCUCUUCCACGGCUCCCACCUUGCGAUCCGAGCUCAGCGUGGUCGUCCAGAGCAUGAACCACGUCUAUUCCAUGUCCUCCACCUACAUAGAGAAGUUGAAAAUUGUCAACUUGGUGUUAAAAAACACUCACGCUGCAGAAGCCCUUGUAAAAUUCUAUGAAACUAAACUGUGUGAAGAGGAAGCAGUUACAGCUGACAAGAAUAACAUUGAGAAUCUAAUGAGCACUUUAAAGCAAUGGAGAUCUGAAGUGGAUGAAAAGAGAGAGGUCUUCCAUGCACUGGAGGAUGAGCUACAGAGAGCAAAGACCAUUAGUGAUGAGAUGUUUAAAACCUACAAAGAACGUGACCUUGACUUUGACUGGCACAAAGAAAAAGCAGAUCAGUUGGUUGAGAGGUGGCAGAAUGUUCAUGCUCAGAUUGACAACAGGUUACGGGACUUGGAAGGCAUUGGGAAGUCGCUGAAGUACUACAGAGAUACCUAUCACCCUUUAAAUGACUGGAUCCAGCAAGUUGAAACUACUCAGAGAAAGAUUCAGGAAAACCAGCCUGAAAACAGUAAAACCCUAGCCACACAAUUGAAUCAACAGAAGAUGCUGGUGUCUGAAAUAGAAAUGAAACAGAGCAAAAUGGAUGAGUGUCAGAAAUACGCAGAACAGUACUCCACUGCGGUGAAGGACUACGAAUUACAAACGAUGACCUACCGGGCUAUGGUGGAUUCACAACAAAAGUCUCCAGUGAAACGUCGGAGAAUGCAGAGCUCGGCAGACCUCGUCAUUCAAGAGUUCAUGGACCUGAGGACCCGGUAUACGGCUCUGGUCACCCUCAUGACACAAUAUAUUAAAUUUGCUGGGGACUCAUUGAAGCGUCUGGAAGAGGAGGAGAAGUCACUGGAAGAAGAAAAGAAAGAGCACGUUGAAAAAGCCAAAGAAUUACAAAAAUGGGUAUCAAAUAUCAGCAAGACAUUGAAAGAUGGAGAGAAGGCUGAAAAGUCUUCCUUCUUUAAGCAAAAGAUUUCCAGUGAGGAAAUAUCAGUCAAGAAGGAACAAUUAUCUGAAGCACUGCAAACUAUGCAGCUCUUUCUGGCUAAACACGGAGACAAAAUGACAGACGAAGAAAGAAAUGAAUUGGAAAAACAAGUGAAAACUCUCCAAGAAAGUUAUAAUUUAUUCUUUAGUGAAUCUCUGAAACAACUACAACAAUCACAAACCUUAGGAGAUAUAAAGGUAGAGGAGAAGCUGGAUAAAGUCAUCGCAGGCACCAUUGAUCAGGGCACGGGAGAAGUCCUUUCUGUCUUUCAGGCCGUGUUAAGAGGCCUCAUUGAUUAUGACACGGGGAUCCGAUUGCUUGAGACCCAGCUCAUGAUUUCUGGGCUUGUUUCACCAGAAUUAAGAACAUGCUUUGACCUCAAAGAUGCCCAAAAUCAUGGCCUUAUUGAUGAGCAGGUUCUUAGCCAACUCCAAGAACUCAGUGAAACGAAGGAGAUUAUUUCUGCUGUGUCGUCCACCACAGUUCCAGUGCUGGAUGCUCUGGCUGAAGGUGUGAUCUCAGAACCCAUGGCCAUCAGAGUUCUUGAGAUCCUGAUUUCCACGGGCUCUCUCGUUAUUCCGGCCACAGGAGAACAGCUGACGCUGCAGAAGGCUUUCCAGCAGCACCUGGUUUCCUCUGCCUUAUUUUCUAAAAUCCUGGAACGGCAGAAUCUAUGUAAAGAUCUUAUCGACCCCUCCACCUCUGAGAAGGUGUCUUUAAUAGAUAUCAUGCAAAGAAGUAUUUUACAGGAAAACACAGGGGUGCGGCUUCUGCCUGUGAGGCCACAAGAAGGAGGCAGGAUAACGUUAAAAUGUGGGAGAAACUUAAGCAUUUUAAGGGCAGCUCACGAAGGCCUCAUAGACCGUGAGACCAUGUUCAGGUUACUGGGUGCGCAGCUGCUUUCAGGAGGUCUGAUCAAUUCCAAGUCUGGUCAGAGACUGACUGUAGAAGAAGCCGUGGCAGAGGGGGUGAUGGACAGAGACACUGCCAACAGUAUCUUCACCUACCAGGUGGAAACAGGCGGAAUCAUCCAGUGCAACCCCGCCAAGCGUUUAACUGUUGACGAGGCGGUCCAGUGUGAUCUGAUAACGUCCAGCAGUGCCCUUCUGGUCCUCGAGGCUCAGCGAGGCUACGUGGGCCUCAUCUGGCCUCACUCUGGGGAGAUAUUCCCUACAUCUUCUUCCCUGCAGCAGGAGUUGAUUACCAAUGAAUUGGCAUCUAAGAUCCUGAACGGCAGACAGAAAAUCGCUGCUCUUUACAUUCCAGAAACAUCUCAAGUCAUUGGUUUGGACGUUGCCGCGCAACUCGGAAUCAUAGAUAAUCACACAGCAUCGAUUUUAAAAAGUGUAACACUGCCCGAUAAAAUGCCAGAUUUGGGAGAUUUCGAAGCUUGUAAAAAUUCCAGAAGAUGGCUCUCUUUUUGUAAAUUCCAACCAUCCGUGGUCCAUGAUUACGGGCAAGAAGAAGAUGUUUUUGAUGGAGAAGAGCCAGUGGAGACUCAGAGCUCAGAACACACUAAAAAAUUAUUCCUGUCUUAUUUGAUGAUAAAUAGCUAUAUGGAUGCAAACACAGGGCAGAGGCUUUUGCUGUAUGAUGGAGACUUGAAUGACGCUGUUGGGAUGCUCCUGGAAGGCUGUGGUGCAGAAAUUGAUGAGAACACGCCUGUAAAAGAAUGUCUUGAUGUCAUAAGACUCCCUGGCGUAUUUCUGAAUAAUGCUGCAAGUAAAGAAACGAGUGAAAGUACAGCUACACCAAGUAGUUUUGAUAAAUGUCAUUGCAGAGAACCUAAACGUAAAGGAACCUCUGAAAAUGCCAUAGAUGAAGAGUUUCAGGAACUGGGAACUAAUGUUACCAGGAGUGAAUUUUGCCAGUCAGAAAACGUGGCAGAUAGACUAGCAACUGAUUAUAAAGUUAAGAAUUCAUCCAGCCUGUGUGUUCCUAGUUUGAUAUCACAUUUAACAGAGCCUGAACUUGCUGAAGUUAGCGUGCUCAGACAAGACUCUGAAAACAGACUUGAAAACGGUGAAAAUCAAAGCCAAUUAGAAACAAAGGAACAUGCAGAUGAAUGUAGUCAUUCUAAAAACCUUCAAAACUUUGCAAGUGAUUUGAUAAGUCCUAUAGUAAAAUCAAAAACUAGUAGAAUCUGUGAUUUGAAUGAAACGGUGAAUGAAGAUAAUAUUAGCAGGGAUUCAACUCUCUUUGACUAUUCCCCCAGGCUGAGUGCCUUGUUAAGUCAUGAUAAACUGAGGACCGGUCAGGGAAGUUUUCAUGAUGUACACGCUGCAGAGAACAAUGGAAAUAAAUGUGAAGCCUCUACAUUGCCAUUCAAUGACCAAACCAUGUUAUCAGGUCAAAGAAUAAGAGAAAAAUUUCAAGACCAGUUUCUGGGAAUUGCAGCUAUCAACAUCAGUUUACAGGGAGAACACACUGUACAAAAAUCUUUCAGUAUUGGUUAUAGUAAUCCUCAGGUACAAGAUCAGAAUGAUGAAAAAAUGCUUGCUGCUUCUCAUCAGGAACCCGAAGACGAGCAAAGUGAGUCCACGGUGGAAGGGUCCUCCUGUGCCCUGCCCCUGAGGGGUGGUGGUCAUCACAUCAACAUGGCUCACAUUCAUACCCCAUCAUUUGAAGAAACUGUCAGCGCCAGUGCUGGUGACUAUGAAACAUCACUGCUGGAUGAUCAGCAGAGCAACACAGAAACAGACACAGACAGCGAUGCUGACUUUUAUGACAUGCCCUUGUUUGAAGAUGGUGACCAUGAUUCCCUGCUUCUGGAAGGUGGUGACCAUGAUUGUCUGCAGCCCGAGGACUAUGACACGCUGCCAGAGGAAGAUGACUGGGCCGCUCCUCCUGGAGAGGCUUUUUAUGAUGUUUCUAAAGAGGAUGAACAUUCUUUGGGGACCCAAGGGGGACUGGUUGAUAGCUUAGGUGUGAGGGGAGAAGCACAGUCUCUGCAGGAUUUUCUCAUAGUUGCUGAGAAAGCAGAAUUCGAUGCUGGUGAAAGAAUCCAUUUAAAUUCACUUGCCUCCUAUGAGGUGAAUGGACGGUUGAUGGAAAUCGUAUCAGAAAGGGACAGCACAGAUGACCUUGAAGGUGAUGUGUCUGACUCAUUGACUGACCAUGAAAUUGUAGGAAGAAAAGGGAGCUUCAGGACUCCAUUAAAUCCUGAGGAUGCUGGCUGUUGGAGAGGGAGAGGAGAGUACGUAACUGGACAAGAAUUUAAAUCUGAUCCUGAUCAUUUAGAUUCUGUGCAAAAUGAAGAAAGUUACGGGGACUCUGACUGUGACAGUAAUGAUCAGGGCGACGAUGAUGACGAUGGUGGUGGUGAUGCCAAAGAAGAAGGAGCAGGAGGUGAGGAUGGAAAGCCCGUGUGCCAGGACGAGGCUGAGGAUGUGGAUGUCCCCGUGUGUGUCACCACUGCACCCAAACCGGGAAACAGCCAUGUGAGUCAAAGUAGCAAUAAAACGAUUCUCCCGGAUCAAAAGCACCAUCGUAGUUCUUUGGAGAAACAGCAAAGGGUAAAUGUUUUGCAGCCAGAAUCAAGUAGUAAAAGUAGCUUGGUUCCUGAAAGAAGUGACCUUCCAGAAUAUACAACUGAGGUUGUUCGAAAAAGCAAAGAUCUGUUGAAUCAUGAGAUGGUCCUUAAGGAUAAGUUGCUAUUUGUCAUGAAAGACACUGAAUCGGAAAACACUUUAAGCCCUGUUGGUGUUUUACCUAAUACUAGUGUCAGUUCAACUUCUAAACUAGCGGGUGAUCUAAAGAACACAGGGGUUAAGUUGAUUCAAGGGCCAGAAUAUAUGGACUCUGUGAAAGGUGGAAAUCCAUAUUAUGAGAAUGUGACACUUCAGGGUGACUCAUCUUCUGAUAAAGACAUUUGUUCUGAGCCCAGUUUAAUAGUAAAACCUGCGGAGGAAAGCCAUUUGUCAUCCAGAGUCUCUGUAACUGACAAAGAUCCUCAAGGCAAUGGAAAAUAUCUAAUUAAAAGGAGAGCUGACAAAAACAAUAUACUAAUAGAAGAUGAAACAUUGGUUCAUAAAAUGUGUGCAGGUAAAGGAGAAGUGCUUAUAGAAGGUCCUGUAGAAGCUAAUAAAUGUCUCAGGCUUUUGCCCAGUAAAAGUUCAAGGGAGUGUCUUGAUUUAGUUAAUAGUCCGUUUCCAUUCCCACAAAUCACACACAGUGAAGAACAUAAUCAGGAAGGAAGCCUUAAAAAAGCAACAGUAGCUCUUAAAGAUGAACCAAAGAAUCGGCCAACAAUAGUUAGCAGAAGUCCCGUUCAAUUUGAGAAUCAUGAAGAAAUAUUCGAUUCCUCAGUUUCCCAAGUGAUCACUGAUGACAUGACUUCAGACAUGACGUUGUCUGAAAGGAAUACAAGGAUUGAGAAAGAUUCAUUCACCGAUGGACCUGAAAAAGAGCUUGAUCUGUGUACUUAUUUAAAACAUUGUGCUAAAAAUGUGAAAGCAAAAGACAUGCUGAAACCAAAUGAAGAUACCCCAAGCUGUAUUCUAGUAGCUUCCCCUCCCAGGAAUGAGCACAUGCAAUUAGGAGUUAAUAAUGCAAAAGAGAAGGCAGCUCUUGCCCAAGAAGACUUACCUCCAAAGGAGAUGGUCCAACAGAAGGAUCUUCCUACUAAAGAAAGUGUCUCAGAAGGAGGAUCAGAAAUUCCUGAGUUCACACCAGAAAGAGAUGAAAGCACACCUUCAAUCUUCCCUCUUAGAGAUGCGGAAGGCCUUGGGAAACAUACGGAUUUCGUGCAGUCAGAACUCUGUGCAGAUGCAAUGAGAAAUAACUCCAGUAACACUUUAAACACUGACUGUUCAUCCUUAGAAAUUAACAGUGAGAAAGGAGUAAUUGAGCAACAGGCACGAAGAGAACCAGCCUCAUCUCCAGGAGUCCAGGAAAACGAGGUUCAGAUUCCUGAGUUAUCUCAGGUCUUGAUUGAGGAUGUCAAGGACAUCUUAAAAGGUAGAUUGAAAGAAGGUCAUAUGAAUCCUCAAGAGCUUGGAGAACCUUCAGCCUGUGCAGAUACUAACAUUUCAAUUCAAAACUUAAUUAAAAGAGUUAACUCAUCACCAUUGGUAAAUGAAGCAUCUGGUGUGUCUGGCGACUCUAAAACCAGUGACUAUGGCAUUUCCCCCAUGAAUAACUCGCCAGAACUAAAAGCAGAGGGCAGAGAGGAUCCGCUCUGUACUGCAAACCUCAAGUCUGAGCUGCUCCUCGAUAUACUUAAGCAAAAUCAGUAUAGCCAGAAAAUUACAGGAGCAUUUGAACUGAUGAAAGAAUUAACUCAGAUGGAGUGUGAUCUAGAGAAAAGAGGUAGGACAUCUGAAGUUCUUCCUCUGCAACUUGAAAAUGUUUUCUGCAAGCUGCUUGCUGAUGGAUAUUCAGAGAAAGGAGGACAGGGUGGAGAAUUGAAUCAAAAAUCAUCUACAGCUUCUGAGAUGAUGGAUGAAAAGCCACACAUUCUUGAUGAUCUUAACAGCAAGAGAGAAAACCCCCAUUCCCUUAAUUUACAAAAUAUGAAAGAAAAUGGACCAGAAAACUCUCCUUUCUGUGCAUCAGCAUUGCCAAGAGACGGGAGGCUGGAGGAGCUAUGCGCUGAAUCCCCAAACCGUUUGGAAUGUAUUUCAGGGUCAAAAGACAUGGCUUCUGGAGACGACUUGAUGGAACAAUUUUCCAAUGAGCUACAGCAGUGUUUACAGCACAGAUCAAAGAUGUGCGAGUAUUUGGCUUUGCUUCAAGAUAUGAGGCCUCCCUUAGGUAACCAGAAGUCUCUGGAUAACAAUCUAGAAGCUUUGAAGAACCAACUUAAACAGCUAGAGACAUUUGAAUUGGGAUUGGCUCCAAUUGGUGUGAUUUUAAGAAAAGACAUGACGCUGGCAGAGGAGUUUUUAAAGUCUCUGCCAGGUGACUUCCCCAGGGGACAUCUCGAGGACCUGAGUGUAAGCCUCCAGAGUCUGCAGACGGCCUUCUCUUCCCUCCACGCCUUGUCUUUGGAAAGAAUGAACCACAUCACGCUGGCUAUCAACUCCGAGAUGUCUAAACUAGCAGUUUCCCAUGAAGAAUUUCUGCACAAACUUCAGUUGUUCUCACGUUGGAUAUCAGAGACGAGCACAUCUGUGAAGGAUGUGGAGGUGGUGAUGGUUCAAGAUACUGGACAUAUAAAGCAAAGCUUGGAGUUUCUCAAGAAUGUGUUAAAAGACCUCGGACACACCAAAACGCAGCUGGAGACCACUGCCUUUGAUGUGCAGUUCUUCAUCUCUGAACACGCACAAGAUCUGUCUCCCACCCAAAGCAGACAACUGCUGAGGCUCUUAAAUACAACUCAGAAGGGUUUCCUUGACGUGCAGGAAUCAGUAACUACCCAGGUGGAACAUUUAGAGGCUCAGUUACAGCUAGAACAAGAUCUCUAUCGUCAGAAGAUGGUGGAGGAGCGUCAGCAGGAGUACAGAGAGAAACUCCAGGGCAUCUGUGACCUCCUCACCCAAACCGAAAACCGCCUCAUUGGUCACCAAGAAGCCUUCAUGAUUGGAGAUGGCACGGCUGAGUUAAAGAAGUACCAGUCCAAGCAGGAGGAAUUGCAGAAAGAUAUGCAAGAAAGUGCACAGGCAUUGGCAGAAAUAGUGAAGAACACAGAGAACUUCUUAAAAGAGAGUGGUGAAAAACUGUCACGAGAAGAUAAGGCUCUGAUUGAACAGAAACUUAAUGAAGCUAAGAUAAAGUAUGAACAGCUUAACUUAAGGGCAGAACAGUCGAAAAAAGAGCUGGAUAAAGUUGUGACGACAGCAAUCAAGGAAGAAACGGAAAAGGUUGCAGCUGUAAAGCAGCUGGAAGAGAGCAAAACCAAAAUCGAAAACCUUUUGGACUGGUUGGCAAAUGUUGACAGAGACUCAAGAAGGGCAGGGAUGGAACAGAAACAGGUCAUUGAACAGAACGGGACUCAUUUUCAAGAGGGUGAUGGCAAGUCGGUGAUGGGAGAAGAGGAUGAAGUUAAUGGUAACCUGUUGGAUAUGGAUGUUGACGGGCACGUAGGGACCACCAAGGAGAACCUGAACCAGCAGUACCAGAAGAUGAAGGCCCGGCACGCGGAGCUCGUGGCCCAGCACCAGGCCGUCCUUGUGGCCACCCAGGCGGCCCAGGCCUUGCUGGAGAAGCAGGGCCACCACCUCUGCCCGGAAGAAAAGGAGAAGCUGCAGAGGAACGUGAAGGAGCUGAAGGCGCAUUAUGAAAGCGCGCUGGCCGAGUCGGAGAAGAGGAUGCGGCUGACCCACUCCCUGCAGGAGGAGCUGGAGAAGUUUGACGCCGACUACGGCGAGUUUGAGCAGUGGCUGCAGCAGUCGGAACAAGAGCUGGAGAACCUGGAAGCAGGUGCCGACGACCUCGGUGGUCUGGCAGCCAAACUGAAGAGGCAGAAGAGCUUCUCGGAAGAUGUCAUUUCGCACAAAGGAGACUUGAGGUACAUCACGAUCUCUGGGAACAGAGUGUUGGAAGCAGCCAAGUCUUGCAGCAGGAGAGAGGGAGGUGGCCGGGCUGAACGGGACCACCUGGACACCUCUGCCACCCACAGAGAAGUCCAGGGCAGGCUGGACCGCGCCACUGACCGCUUCAGGUCCCUCUACACGAAGUGCAAUGUCCUUGGGAAUAACCUCAAAGAUCUGGUGGAUAAAUACCAACACUAUGAAGAUGCUUCAUGUGGGCUUCUCUCUGGGCUCCAGGCUUGCGAGGCCACGGCGAGCAAACACUUAUCUGAGCCCAUUGCUGUGGACCCUAAAAAUCUGCAGAGGCAACUAGAAGAGAUGAAGGCUCUACAGGGACAGAUAUCAAGUCAGCAGGUGGCUGUAGAGAAACUGAAAAAAACAGCUGAAGUGUUGUUAGACACCAGGGGAUCUUUACUUCCCGCCAAGAACGACAUCCAGAAAACACUGGGUGACAUUGUCGGGAGAUACGAUGACCUGUCCAAGUCUGUCAGUGAACGAAACGAGAAGCUGCAGAUAACCCUGACCCGCUCUCUGAGUGUGCAGGACGGCCUGGAUGAGAUGCUGGACUGGAUGGCGGGUGUGGAGCGCUCGCUGGAAGAGCAGCGUCCCGUGCCCUUGAACUCCGCCGCUCUGCAGGACGUCAUCAGUAAAAACAUCAUGUUGGACCAGGACAUCGCGGGGCGGCAGGGCAGCAUAAAUGCCAUGAAUGAGAAAGUGAAGAGGUUCACAGAGACCACAGACCCGUCCACCGCAUCCUCGCUGCAGGCCAGGAUGAAGGACUUAGCCCUUCGCUUUUCAGAAGCAAGUCGCAAACACAAAGAAAAACUUGCCCAAAUGGAGGAACUCAAAACCAAAGUGGAGCUGUUUGAGAACCUCUCAGAAAAGCUCCAGACAUUCUUAGAAACCAAAACCCAGGCUCUUACUGAGGCAGACGUGCCUGAGAAGGAUGUUACUGAGUUGUCUCAGUUUAUGCAGGAAUCAACUUCUGAACUGCUAGAACGCAGGAAAGAUCUAGAAGUUUUGCAGAAUCUCUUGAAGGAGAUCUCCAGCCAUGGCUUGCCAGGGGAUAAAGCUCUGGUUUUUGAAAAAACAAAUAAUUUGUCAAAGAAAUUCAAGGAAAUGGAGGAUACUGUCAAAGAAAAAAAAGAAGCUGUAUCUUCUUGUCAAGAACAGAUGGAUGCCUUUCAAGUUCUGGUUAAAUCAUUAAAGUCGUGGAUAAAAGAAACCACAGAAAGAGUUCCUGUUGUGCAGCCUUCUUUUGGUGCAGAGGAUUUAGGGAAAUCUUUGGAAGAAACUAAGAAAUUACAAGAGAAGUGGAGCUUAAAAACACCCGAGAUUCAGAAAGUCAACAACAGUGGGAUCUCACUAUGUAACCUAAUAAGUGCCGUGAUGACCCCUGCAAAGGCCAUGGCAGCAGUUAAGUCAGGUGGAGUAAUAUUAAAUGGUGAAGGAACAGCCACAGAUACUCAGGAUAUUUUGGCAAAUAAAGGAUUAACAUCCAUUAAAAAGGAUAUGAGUGACAUAAGCCAUGGCUAUGAAGAUCUUGGCCUCUUACUUAAAGACAAAAUAGCCGAACUGAGUACCAAACUCUCCAGAUUGCAAAAGGCUCAGGAAGAAUCAAGUGCCAUGAUGCAGUGGUUACAGACGAUGAACAAAACUGCCACGAAAUGGCAUCAGGCACCUACACCUACGGACACUGAGGCUGUGAAGAGUCAAGUUGAACAGAACAAGUCAUUUGAGGCAGAACUGAAGCAAAAUGUAAACAAAGUGCAGGAGUUGAAAGACAAGCUGACGGAGUUGCUGGAGGAGAACCCAGACACUCCGGAGGCCCCCAAGUGGAAGCAGAUGUUGACGGAAAUAGAUUCUAAGUGGCAAGAACUCAAUCAGUUAACAGUUGAUAGACGACAAAAACUGGAAGAAUCCUCAAAUAAUCUAACCCAAUUCCAGACGGUGGAGGCUCAGUUAAAACAGUGGCUUGCGGAAAAAGAACUGAUGGUCAGUGUCCUUGGGCCCUUGUCGAUUGACCCAAAUAUGCUGAACACACAAAGGCAGCAGGUGCAGAUUCUCCUGCAAGAAUUUGAUACCCGGAAACCUCAGUGUGAACAGCUAACAGUGGCUGGUCAGGGCAUCCUGCACAGACCUGGGGAGCACCCAUCCUUCCACGGGAUUGUGAAGGAACAGCUGGCAGCUGUGACCCAAAAAUGGGACAGCCUCACGGGACAAUUGAGGGACAGAUGUGACCGGAUCGACCAGGCCAUUGUUAAAAGCACCCAGUAUCAAAGCCUGCUGAGAAGCCUUUCCGAUAAGUUGGCCGACUUGGAUAAUAAACUCAGCAGCAGUGUGGCCGGGAGCACACACCCUGACGCGAUGAACCAGCAGCUGGAAACAGCCCAGAAAAUGAAGCAGGAAAUAGAGCAGGAAACGAAGCAGAUCAAAGUGGCCCAGGCUCUGGGAGAGGAUCUGGCAGCCCUGGUUAAAGAAGAGUACUUGAAAGCUGAACUUAGUCGGCAACUGGAAGGCAUCUUAAAAUCAUUUAAGGAUCUUGAACAAAAAGCAGAGAACCAUGUCCAGCAUCUUCAGUCAGCCUGUGCCAGCUCUCAUCAAUUUCAGCAAAUGUCUAGAGAUUUCCAGGCUUGGCUGGACACCAAGAAGGAAGAACAGAACAAGUCUCCCCCGAUAUCAGCCAAAGUCGAGGUCUUGGAGUCAUUAAUGAAAGAUCAGAAAGACUUCAGGAAAACUUUGACCGCCCAGUCUCACAUUUAUGAGAAAACCAUGGCGGAAGGUGAAAACCUGUUACUAAAAACGCAAGGGUCUGAGAAGGUAGCGUUACAGUUACAACUGAACACGAUUAAAACCAACUGGGAUGGAUUUCAGAAGCAGGUGAAAGAAAGAGAAGACAGGGUGAAAGAUUCACUGGAAAAAGCUCUCAAGUAUAAAGAACAUGUGGAGAUGCUCCGGCCAUGGAUAGACAGGUGUCAAAACAGCCUCAAGGAAAUAAAGUGUAGCUUGGAUCCUGCUGAGACAGAGAAAUCUCUUGCCCAGUUAAAGUCUCUGCAGAAGGAGAGGGACCAGCACUUCGGGAUGGUGGAGCAGCUAAACAGUGCAGCCAGCAGCCUGCUCAGUGUCUGUGAAAUGGACAAAGAGGCGGUGGCAGAGGAGAAGGAAUCCCUGCUCCAGAAGGUGGACAUGGUCACCGAGCAAGUGCACUGGAAGAAAUUCUCUCUGGAGAACAUGGCCCAGAAGUUUAAAGAAUUUCAAGAAGUUUCCAAAGAAGCUCAGAGGCAGCUCCAGUGUGCAAAGGAACAGCUAGAUAUGCACGACUCUCUGGGGCCCCAGGCUUACAGCAGUAAGUCCCUGACUGUGUUGCAGACUCAGCAGAAAGCCCUUCAGACCUUGAAGCCUCAGGUCGAUCUGGCCCAGAGGCUCGCCCAGGACCUUGUGGCGGGGGCCUCCGACUCCAAGGGCACGUCCGAGAUUCUACUCCAAGCAGAAGCCUUAGCCCAGGAGCACAGCGCCCUCAGCCAGCAGGUGGAUGAAAAGUGCUCCUUCUUAGAAACCAAGCUUCAGGGCAUCGGCCAUUUCCAGAACACCAUCCGAGAGAUGUUUUCUCAGUUUGCGGAGUUUGAUGACGAGUUGGACAGCAUGGCCCCCGUGGGGAGAGAUGUGGAAACACUGCAGAAGCAAAGGGAGGCUAUUAAAGCCUUCUUGGAGAAACUGGAAGCGCUCAUCGCAAGCAACACCAAUGCCAAUAAGACCUGCAAGAUGAUGCUGGCCACGGAGGAAGCCUCUCCUGACCUGGUCGGCAUCAAACGGGACCUGGAGGCUUUAAGCAAACAGUGCAACAAGCUUCGGGACCGUGCACAAGCCAGAGAAGAGCAGGUGGAAGGGACCAUCACGCGCCUCGAAGAGUUCUACAGCAAACUCAAUGAAUUUUCUACUCUACUCCAGAAGGCUGAAGAACAUGAGGAAUCGCUAGGCCCUGUUGGCAUGGAAACAGAGAUGAUUAACCAACAGCUUGAUGUGUUCAAGGUGUUCCAAAAAGAAGAGAUUGAACCCUUGCAGGUUAAACAGCAGGAUGUGAACUGGCUGGGUCAAGGCCUCGUUCAGAGUGCCGCUAAGGGCACCAGCACCCAGGCCUUGGAGCGGGACCUGGACAAUGCCAGUGCGCGAUGGAAGACCCUCAACAAGAAGGUGGCCCAGCGAGCAGCCCAGCUGCAGGAGGCCCUGCUGCACUGCGGGAGGUUCCAGGACGCCCUGGAGUCCCUACUCAGCUGGAUGGUGGACACCGAGGAGCUUGUGGCCAAUCAGAAGCCCCCAUCGGCUGAGUUCAAGGUGGUGAAGGCCCAGAUACAAGAGCAGAAGCUUCUCCAGAGAUUGUUGGAUGACCGCAAAUCUACUGUGGAGGUGAUCAAACGGGAAGGAGAAAAAAUUGCCGCCACAGCAGAACCUGCGGAUAAAGUGAAGAUUUUGAAACAACUGAGUCUCUUGGAUAGCAGAUGGGCGGCCUUGCUUAAUAAGGCUGAAACAAGGAAUCGUCAGUUGGAAGGUAUCUCAGUGGUAGCACAGCAGUUUCACGAAACCUUAGAACCACUGAAUGAGUGGCUGACAACCACAGAAAAGAGGCUGGCGAAUAGUGAACCCAUUGGAACCCAAGCGUCCAAGCUGGAGGAACAAAUUGCACAGCACAAAGCCUUAGAAGAUGACAUCAACCAUCAUAAUAAACAUUUACACCAGGCCGUUAGCAUUGGCCAGUCCUUAAAGGUUUUGAGCUCCAGGGAGGAUAAAGAUAUGGUGCAGAGUAAAUUAGACUCCUCUCAAGUGUGGUACAUUGAGAUUCAAGAGAAAAGCCAUGGCAGGUCUGAGCUUCUCCAGCAGGCUCUGUGUAAUGCUAAGAUUUUUGGGGAAGAUGAAGUGGAGCUGAUGAACUGGCUGAGUGAAGUGCAUGACAAGCUGAGGAGACUCUCGGUCCAGGAUUCCAGCCCUGAGGGGCUGUGGACACAGCAGGCUGAGCUGCGGGUUCUGCAAGAGGACAUCCUACUCAGAAAACAAAAUGUAGAUCAGGCCUUACUAAACGGUUUAGAACUACUUAAACGAACAACAGGUGAUGAAGUUUUAAUAAUUCAAGAUAAAUUGGAAGCCAUUAAAGCGAGGUACCAAGACAUCACUAAACUGAGCACGGACGUCGCCAAGACCCUGGAGCAGGCACUGCAGCUCGCGAGGCGGCUGCACUCCACGCACGAGGGGCUGUGCGCCUGGCUGGACAAGGUGGAGGUCGAGUUGCUUUCGUACGAAACGCAGGUUCUGAAGGGAGAAGCCUCCAGCCAAGCACACGCGAGGCAAAAAGAGCUAAAGAAGGAAACUAAGAGCAGCAAAGCCCUGCUGGACUCCCUUAAUGAAGUGAGCUCUGCUCUCCUGGAGCUGGUGCCCUGGAGGGCGAGGGAAGGGCUGGAAAAAAUGGUGGCCGAGGACAACGACCGCUACCGCUUGGUGAGCGACACCAUCACACAGAAGGUGGAGGAGAUUGACGCGGCCAUCCUGAGGUCCCAGCAGUUUGACCAAGCGGCUGAUGCAGAGUUAGCCUGGAUUAGUGAAACAGACAAAAAAUUGACAUCUCUGGGUGACAUCAGGCUUGAGCAAGACCAGACCUCCGCUCAGCUGCAGGUUCAAAAGACAUUCACCAUGGAGAUUUUACGACACAAGGAUAUUAUUGAUGAGCUUGUUAAAUCUGGACAUAAAAUCAUGAGCACAUGCAGUGAAGAGGAAAAGCAGCCGAUGAAGAAAAAACUGGACAAGGUAUUGAAGAACUAUGAUGCCAUCUGCCAGACAAACUCAGAGAGGUAUCUGCAGUUAGAACGGGCACAGUCCCUGGUUAACCAGUUCUGGGAAACAUACGAAGAACUUUGGCCGUGGCUGAUAGACAUACAGAGGAUCAUCACUCAGCUUCCUGCCCCCGCCCUGGAGUACGAAACCCUGAGGCAACAGCAGGAAGAACAUCGUAAACUGAGACGCUGUUUGCUUUGUUAUAGCAACUGCGGAGUUGGAUAAGCCGAACACAAGCCGCAUAUAGAUAAGAUGAACAAACUGGGGCCGCAGUUACUGGAAUUGAGCCCGAGGGAAGGCUUUUCUAUCCAAGAGAAGUACGUGGCUGCUGACACUCUCUACAGUCAAAUUAAAGAAGAUGUCAAAAAGCGGGCUGUGGCGCUGGAUGAAGCCAUUUCUCAGUCCGCUCAGUUCCACGACAAGAUCGACCAGAUCCUGGAGAGUCUGGAGCGCGUGGUGGAGCGUCUGCGGCAGCCGCCUUCCAUCUCAGCAGAGGUGGAGAAGAUCAAGGAGCAGGUCAGUGAGAAUAAGAACGUGGCGGUGGACAUGGAGAAGCUGCAGCCUCUGUACGAGACCCUCAGGCAGAGGGGAGAGGAGAUGAUCGCUCGGUCCCAGGGCACUGACAAAGACAUAUCUGCCAAAGCUGUUCAGGAUAAGCUAGACCAAAUGGUUUUCAUUUGGGAGAACAUACACACACUGGUGGAAGAAAGGGAAGCCAAGCUACUGGAUGUGAUGGAAUUAGCAGAGAAGUUCUGGUGUGAUCACAUGUCACUGGUGGUUACCAUUAAAGAUACUCAAGACUUCAUCCGGGAUCUGGAGGAUCCUGGGAUCGAUCCCUCGGUAGUAAAACAACAGCAAGAAGCAGCAGAGGUCAUAAGGGAGGAGAUAGAUGGAUUGCAGGAAGAGCUGGAUAUGGUUAUUAACCUGGGUUCUGAACUCAUUGCCGCUUGCGGGGAACCCGACAAACCCAUUGUUAAGAAGAGUAUAGACGAGUUAAAUUCAGCCUGGGAUUCUCUAAAUAAAGCUUGGAAAGACCGGGUGGACAGACUUGAGGAGGCAAUGCAGGCUGCUGUUCAGUACCAGGAUGGACUGCAGGCAAUAUUCGACUGGGUAGAUAUUGCAGGUGGCAAAUUGGCUUCAUUGUCUGCAAUUGGAACAGAUCUUGAAACUGUCAAGCAGCAGAUUGGGGAGCUGAAGCAAUUUAAGUCAGAAGCGUAUCAACAACAGAUAGAAAUGGAGAGACUGAACCAUCAGGCAGAGCUCCUGCUAAAGAAAGUAACAGAAGAAAGUGAUAAACACACUGUUCUGGACCCACUGACGGAGCUGAAAUUGAUAUGGGACAGUCUGGAUGAGAGGAUCAUCAACAGACAGCACAAGCUGGAGGGCGCUCUGUUAGCACUGGGGCAGUUCCAGCACGCGCUGGACGAGUUGCUGGCGUGGCUCACGCACACCGAGGGCUUGCUCAGCGAACAGAAGCCUGUCGGAGGAGACCCCAAGGCCAUUGAAAUUGAACUCGCCAAGCAUCAUGUGCUCCAAAAUGAUGUAUUAGCCCAUCAGUCCACCGUGGAAGCCGUGAAUAGAGCAGGAAAUGAUCUAAUCGAAUCAAGUGCCGGAGAAGAAGCGAGCAACCUUCAGAACAAGCUAGAGGUUUUGAAUCAACGCUGGCAAAAUGUUUUGGAAAAAACAGAACAAAGGAAGCAGCAGCUGGAUGGUGCCUUGCGCCAGGCUAAAGGGUUCCACGGCGAAAUCGAGGAUUUGCAACAGUGGCUGACAGACACGGAGCGCCAUCUGUUAGCAUCCAAGCCUCUGGGAGGUUUACCGGAAACAGCCAGGGAACAGCUUAAUGCCCACAUGGAAAUCUGUGCUGCCUUUGAUGUUAAAGAAGAAACAUAUAAGAGUCUGAUGCAGAAAGGCCAGCAGAUGCUUGCAAGAUGCCCCAAAUCUGCAGAGACAAAUAUUGACCAAGACAUAAAUAACUUGAAAGAAAAAUGGGAAUCGGUGGAAACCAAACUCAAUGAAAGGAAAGUUAAACUGGAAGAGGCCCUCACCUUGGCAAUGGAAUUCCACAGUUCCCUCCAGGACUUCAUCAACUGGCUCACCCAGGCGGAGCAGACCCUAAACGUGGCUUCCCGGCCAAGCCUUAUCUUGGACACCGUCUUGUUUCAAAUUGAUGAACACAAGGUCUUUGCCAAUGAAGUAAAUUCUCACCGGGAGCAGAUCAUAGAGCUGGACAAAACUGGAACCCACUUGAAGUAUUUCAGUCAGAAACAAGAUGUCGUUCUCAUUAAGAAUCUGCUUAUCAGUGUGCAGAGCCGCUGGGAGAAAGUGGUCCAGCGCUUAGUAGAAAGAGGAAGAUCUUUGGACGAUGCAAGGAAGAGGGCCAAGCAGUUCCAUGAAGCUUGGAGUAAGCUUAUGGAAUGGCUGGAAGAGUCAGAGAAGUCUUUGGAUUCUGAACUGGAAAUUGCCAACGACCCAGACAAAAUCAAAGCACAACUGGCACAGCAUAAGGAGUUUCAGAAAUCCCUCGGAGCCAAGCAUUCUGUCUACGACACCACCAACAGGACUGGGCGUUCUCUGAAGGAGAAGACCUCCCUGGCUGACGACAACCUGAAGCUGGACGACAUGCUGAGUGAGCUCAGAGACAAGUGGGACACGAUCUGUGGGAAGUCGGUGGAGAGGCAAAACAAAUUGGAGGAAGCCCUCUUAUUUUCUGGGCAAUUCACAGACGCCCUGCAGGCCCUCAUUGACUGGCUGUACAGGGUUGAGCCCCAGCUGGCUGAGGACCAGCCUGUCCAUGGAGACAUCGAUCUAGUGAUGAAUCUGAUCGAUAAUCACAAGGUCUUCCAGAAGGAGCUGGGGAAGAGGACCAGCAGCGUGCAGGCCCUGAAGCGCUCGGCCCGGGAGCUCAUAGAGGGCAGCCAGGAUGACUCCUCCUGGGUCAGGGUCCAGAUGCAGGAGCUGAGCACACGCUGGGAGACGGUGUGUGCACUCUCCAUAUCCAAGCAGACCCGCCUAGAAGCAGCUCUGCGCCAGGCAGAGGAGUUUCACUCGGUGGUCCAUGCCCUCCUGGAGUGGCUGGCGGAAGCGGAGCAGACCCUUCGUUUCCAUGGCGUUCUCCCAGACGAUGAAGAUGCUCUUCGGACUCUCAUUGAUCAGCAUAAAGAAUUCAUGAAGAGACUGGAAGAAAAGCGCGCUGCCCUCAACAAAGCCACCAGCAUGGGAGACACCAUCCUGGCCAUCUGCCACCCAGACUCCAUCACCACCAUCAAGCACUGGAUAACCAUCAUCCGGGCCAGAUUCGAGGAGGUACUGGCCUGGGCGAAGCAGCACCAGCAGAGACUAGCCAGUGCCCUGGCAGGACUCAUCGCCAAGCAGGAAUUGCUGGAAGCCCUGCUGGCCUGGUUGCAGUGGGCUGAAACCACACUGAGCGACAGGGAUAAAGAGGUCAUCCCGCAGGAGAUUGAAGAGGUGAAAGCCCUCAUUGCAGAGCACCAGACCUUCAUGGAGGAAAUGACCAGAAAACAACCUGACGUGGACAAAGUCACCAAGACCUACAAGAGGAGAGUGGCGGACCCCUCCUUACAGUCCCACAUUCCGGUCUUGGAUAAGGGGCGAGCAGGAAGAAAACGCUUCCCAGCGUCAGGCUUCUAUCCCUCUGGAUCACAGACACAAAUCGAAACCAAGAAUCCCAGGGUCAACUUACUGGUGAGCAAGUGGCAGCAAGUCUGGCUGCUCGCCUUGGAAAGAAGGAGGAAGCUUAAUGACGCCCUGGACAGACUGGAGGAGCUAAGGGAAUUUGCCAACUUUGAUUUCGAUGUCUGGCGCAAAAAGUACAUGCGGUGGAUGAAUCACAAGAAAUCUCGAGUGAUGGACUUCUUCAGGAGGAUCGAUAAAGAUCAGGAUGGGAAAAUAACCCGACAAGAAUUUAUUGACGGGAUUCUUUCCUCAAAGUUCCCUACCAGUCGUCUGGAGAUGAGUGCAGUUGCAGACAUCUUUGACAGAGACGGCGAUGGAUACAUCGACUACUAUGAAUUUGUAGCCGCCCUUCACCCAAAUAAAGAUGCAUACAAACCUAUCACUGAUGCUGACAAAAUUGAAGAUGAGGUGACAAGGCAGGUAGCUAAGUGCAAAUGUGCGAAACGAUUCCAAGUUGAACAGAUUGGAGAUAACAAAUACAGGUUCUUCCUGGGAAAUCAGUUUGGAGACUCCCAGCAACUCCGGCUUGUCCGAAUCCUGCGAAGUACUGUGAUGGUUCGUGUUGGUGGUGGAUGGAUGGCCCUGGAUGAGUUCUUAGUGAAAAAUGAUCCUUGCAGGGUUCAUCAUCAUGGGAGUAAAAUGUUACGUUCGGAAUCAAACUCUUCAAUUACUACUACUCAGCCUACUAUAGCUAAAGGAAGGACGAACGUGGAGCUAAGGGAGAAGUUCAUCUUGGCGGAUGGAGCCAGUCAGGGAAUGGCUGCUUUCCGACCCCGGGGCCGGAGAUCGAGGCCCUCAUCCCGGGGAGCCUCGCCCAACCGGUCCACAUCUGUGUCCAGCCCGGCUGGCCAGGCGGCCUCCCCGCAGGUCCCUGCCACCAGCACACCCAAGAUUCUCCAUCCUUUAACACGCAAUUAUGGUAAACCCUGGUUGACAAACAGCAAGGUGUCAACUCCUUGUAAACCAGCUGAGUGCUCAGACUUCCCCAUGUCAUCUCCAGAGGGAACGCCGAUACAAGGAAGUAAACUUCGACUUCCGGGAUAUUUAUCAGGGAAAGGCUUCCACUCCGGGGAGGACAGUGGCUUGAUCACAACCGCAGCUUCCCGAGUGCGGACACAGUUUGCUGAUCCCAAGAAGACCCACAGCCGACCAGGAAGCCGAGCUGGCAGCAAAGCUGGUAGCCGGGCCAGCAGCCGCCGAGGCAGCGAUGCAUCAGACUUUGACAUCUCGGAAAUCCAGUCCGUGUGCUCCGACGUGGAGACUGUCCCCCAGACACACAGGCCUACGCCCCGAGCAGAUUCUCGGCCGUCCGCAGCCAAGCCUUCCAAAAUCCCCACACCCCAGAGGAAAUCACCUGCCAGCAAAUUGGACAAGUCCUCCAAGAGAUAGUGCAGUUGGUUCUACCACGGUCCUUCCUAAAGCCUUUACUAUUUAAGUCUGAAAGAUGUAACAUAUGAUGUAGAGACUAUUGUGAAAUAAUGCAGGAGGUGCGUUUAAAGUUCUGCAGAUGGCCUUAUUUGUGUAUUUGUCUUUUUCUUUUAUCUGUAUAAUUUGGGUCAGAUAGUCUGGGGUUUUAGUCACAUCCUCCGUGAGGGGGGAGAGAGUUUGAUAGGCACUAACGUUUCUGCACUGAGCGUGUGGAGCACACCUGAGAUCACUAUACCUGCAGGUAAGUCCACGACUUCCCAACAGCCAGCCCUCCACUGGGAGCUAACAUGAAGGAUACCUCAUGACACCUUCUUGCUUCUCUGGAAACUCUGAAAAGCCAAGACACCCACAGCGAUCUAUUCCGAGACUAUCUAAGUGUAAACUGCAAGAUGGGGGACAAAAAGACAAACACACCCGCCGCAGUUCUUAACCUUGUAUCUGACAGAGAACUCACAGAAAGUUCCUUUCUGCACCUGCCCAUGCUCUGAGAUUCCCAGACUCUUGCGCAUUUCUGUGCCAUGGCUUCACCUGAGGCCAGAGGCGUCCUGGACGUGAGCCCUCUUAUCCUGUAAGAAUAUCAUCAUAAAGUGCAUUCAUGUAAAUGUGAGGUUUUCUUUUGCUUGAGUGGACAGUAGCACCUGUACCAUUGAACUCAUUUUGUAUCAAAGCAAGUUUGCUUGCAGAAAAGCUAUGAAAUAAAACAUGUCCCUUAACUACA